AUGAAUUUUCGUUUCAUUUCUUUAUGCCUCACAUCAAUAUUUUUAACUCUUCCCAUCGUUGCUGGUGCUUCCAGUUGCACCGACUUCACGCUUACAGUUGACGCGUCCACGCAUACCCACGGACUCGGUUUACCCAACUUUUUACCUCGAUACCCCAACUUCGUCAACGGCCUUUUCAAUGAAGCGUUCAGUUUUAUCGGUCGUGUAUGGCCUUUUACUGUAGUAGAGGGAUCAUACAGCAUAAGUGCGACACUUUGCGAGCCCGAAAAAUACAACAACGCAAAUGCCAUUCAAAUUUUGUCCCACGGCGCUACUUAUAACAAAUUUUAUUGGUCUGGAAUCGGUUUACCGGAGGAGCAAGCGAAGCGAUAUGACUGGACUCGAGUUGCCACAAGUGAAGGUUAUGCGACUCUUGCGAUCGAUCGCCUAGGCGCGGGAAACUCGAGCCAUUCCAGCCCCCUCCUCGAAUCCCAUGUCAACCUCGAGGCUGAGAUUUUCCACCAAAUAGUGUUGAAGCUCCGAAGAGGAGAAAUUGGCCGCAAAAGAUUUUCAACCAUUGUUUAUGUCGGUCACUCUCUUGGGUCUCUCAUUGGGGUCAGAUCGACACAGUUAUACCCCCAAGAUUAUGAUGCUCUCGUCUUGACGGGUUGGAGCGCCAAUUUCAUGGUGGGCAUACCAAAGAUUAUCGCAGCUGGUCUUCGGUCAGCUCGGUAUGUAAUUCCCGAUCGAUUUGGAGACCGAAGCCUCUUCUGGGUUGCUCUCAGCCUUCCUGAAUACAUUCGAAAGGCCUUCUAUGGGCUCAGCGGAUCUUUUGAUCCAGAAGUCGUCGAGUGGGACUUUAACCACCGAGACGUUUGCGCAGGAGGCGAGCUAGUCAGCAUGAUGACCGGACUCACUGAAACGGCUUACACAGGUCCUACCCACCUCAUCAUUGGUGAGGCUGAUUCGAUAUUUUGUGGUUGGAGUGGAAAAUGUAGCCGAGGGCCUGAUAGUCCACCUGGGAAUGCACGACGACUCUUUCCCAAAGCUCAAAGCUUUACUUACGACAUCAUUCCUGACUUGGGUCACUGCUUGAAUCUACAUUAUGAUGCCGAUAAAGCAUUUUUGUCCGCUCAUGAAUUUCUCCGUCGCAGUGUUGAACGCAAAGACGGCCAGUCUGGUCAAUGUUCCACCUUUGAUUCGAUCGCUCUAUGUCAGUUGUGA